CCCCACUCCCUGUUUGCUUCGCCGUCCUAUUGCUCGCUCUCCUUGGCUUCAUCCCUCUCUGCUUUCUCUCCCGGUCGAACACGAAAACCGGAUCGAAACAGAGGAAUGAAUGAUUAGGCCAUAAAGGUCGCUCCUUUCUCCUUUUUCUUCCUCCUCCUUUCAUCUUUGCUGCAGAUACAUCGAUCGAAGCAGUCGAGAUAUCAAGUCGGUGAGAGUUUGGGGAUUCCAUGGCGGCCGCAACGGGGAGAAGCAGGUGCAAGGAGGCGGCCAGGAUAAAGGGGCCGUGGAGCCCGGAGGAGGACACGUCGCUGCAGCGGCUGGUGCAGCGGCACGGACCCCGGAACUGGUCGCUUAUAAGCAGGUCCAUUCCGGGCAGGUCCGGCAAGUCGUGCCGGCUGCGGUGGUGUAACCAGCUGUCCCCUCAGGUGGAGCACCGGCCCUUCACGGCGGAGGAGGAUGAGAUCAUCAUCCGCGCCCACCGCCGCUUCGGCAACAAGUGGGCCACCAUCGCCCGCAUCCUCUCUGGCCGCACCGACAACGCCAUAAAAAACCACUGGAACUCCACCCUCAAGCGAAAGUACACCCCCCCCUGCGCCGGCAGCGGCGACGGCGGCCUCCAGCAUCACUACGACGCGAUCGUGGCGGCGAAGGCGGCCACGGCGAUCGAACAGGACGACGAGCCUGAGGAAGCGAGGGCGCUCGAGAGGGCCAGCAGCGACGGUCCGGUCCUCUUGUCGGGCGGAGCAGGGCUUUGGAUGAACCCCGGCAGCCCUUCGGAGUCCGACGUCAGCGAUUCCAGCCACCACAGCCAUCCGGUGAUCUCUUCAGCGGCGGAGGUGCCUCACAUCUAUCGACCAGUUCCUAGAACCGGUGGCGUCGUGCUUCACUCUUCCCCUUGCCGAGGACCUCAUCAGACCGAACCGAUGACCGCUGCUACCAUCGCCGCCACUCCUAUCCACGACGACGACGAUCCGGUCACGUCCCUCACACUCUCCCUCCCUGGAUCCGAUCCGAUGGACACCUCCUCCGACCACCACCACCACCACCAGGGCAGCCCUGUCAACCACAUCCAGAACCAGCUCCAACUGCUGCCGACCUCGGCUCCGACCCCGCAGCCCAUGACGCAGCGGCGCCCUGCCGUGGCUGCCUCGUCUGCCGCGGAGGAGGAGCGGCGGCCGACGCCUAUCCCUUUCAGCGCGGAGUUCCUAGCGGUCAUGCAAGAGAUGAUCCGCAAGGAGGUGAGGUGCUACAUGGCAGGACUGGAGCAGAGCCGCAUGCUGUGCGGGAUGCAGCCGCCACCCGAGGGCGUCCGCAACGCGGCGAUGAAUCGCAUCGGAGUAACGAAGAUCGAGUAGGGUAUUGUGUCGGAUCCGGAGAAACAAUGGAUGAUGAUUAAUCCGAAUCAAGGAAUGAAUGAACGAACGAACGGCAAAACAGUUCUCGAAGACAGAGAUAAGAUGACCGAGAAGAAAUGCGGUUCCUUUGUAUUCGUACCUUUUUUUUUUUUUUUGCAAAUAAGUUGCUUUCCUUGGCUAAAAAAGAACCAAAAAAAAAAGUUGUACAGGAGGAAGAUUAUGACGAGAGAUCCAAGUCGGGGGGAAAUGUUUCGCCGGUGGUAGUCAUGUGGAAAGGAAUAUAAAAAAAGAAAAAAGGCAGCAAAAUGAUGCACUCUUUGUA